AUGCCGCGGCAGCCGCUUGCUUCCCCUGUGGAGCUGCACUGCUCCGUGGGUUUGGUCUCGGGGCAGCGUGGCGGUCAUCAGUAUUUGACUGUAGACGAGACGCAUGCAGCAGCAGCAGCAGCAGCGGGAGGCACAGCAGCAGCAGCAACACCUGCAACAGGCCGUUUCGGCAGCUAUACACCCCGUACUACAGCAGCAACCGCAGCAGCAGCAGCAGCUGCUGCUGCAGGAACAGAAGUCCCCUGCAUCGUCUCUUCAAGCCCUCCCUUUCCUAACAGCCCCAGCAGCAAGCUGCUGCUGCUCUCCACCUAUCCUGCCCACCACAAGAAGAUCAGCAGCAACAGCAGCAGCAACAGCAGCAGCAGCAAUACAGUCGGAUCAUCCACUUCCUGCAGCCAUGGAACGGAAGUGCUGCUAGCAUUUCUGGGGGCCCCCAAACAAAAUGCUGCAGCAACACUGUGGCUGCUGGGGGCAGCAAAUGGGCGGGGCCCCCCUCCUAAGGUUGUCUAUUCGGCUGCAACAGCAGCAGCAGCAGCAGCAGCAGCAGCGAAUGGCAUUAGUAGGACGCAUGCAAAGCAAGAUUGGGGCCCCGGGACGCCAGUUGUUGCGAAGCAGAUAUGUCCCGCUGCAACAGGAUCAGCAGCUGCAGCAGCAGCCGUAGCAGCAGCAGCAGCAGCAGAUUCGCGGUUGCGGUGGAAGCUGCUGCGCCCCUCUUUGCUGCCUUCCCACUUGCUGCCACAGCGGCUGCAGCAGCUGCAGCAGCAGCAGCAGCAAAACCAGCAGCAACCCACGGAAGAUGUGCUGCUGCAGCACGGGGAGGAGUUGGUGCUGCAGAAUCAAAAGACAGGGGAAUUCUUAUCGUUGCAGCUGCUGCUGCGGCCGCAGCAGCACCCAGCGCAGCAGCAGCAGCAGCAGCGCCGCGUCUGUCUUACCCCUUCACUUUCUUUCGAGUCCCCUCCCGAGCAGCAAACAGCAGCAGCAGCAGCUUCUGCUGCUGCUGCUGCUGGGGUGUACGUACACUGCGGAUGGCAUAUAGAAAAGGCAGGGAUACCCCAUUGCAGCCUCUCCUUGUCACGAUUUCCUGCUGCGCUGCUCGCGCCCAGCUUGUGGGAUGCUGCAGCAGCAGCAGCAGAGGUGUGGGGUGGCAGCAGCAUUGCUGCUCUACUGCAGCAGCACGGGCUUGCUGCUGCUGCUGCUGCUGUGCCUCCGGCCCCUCCGCUGCCUAUGGAGGAGCAACAAGAGCUGCUGUUGUUGCAGCAGCAGGGCAGCAGAAGCAGCAACAGCAGCAGCAGCAGCGAGGCAGAGUUUGCUGCAGCUGUGAACUGGGGCCCGCAGCAGCUAGCAGCAGACUGGCCGGUGCUACCGCAUGCAGUAAGAGAGCGGCUGCUGCUCGAUGAGUUGCUGUCGCUGCUGCUGGGUGUUGAUGGAGUGCUGCUGCGAGUAGUAAGGCAGCCGUACUUCGAGGAAGAGGAGGAGCAGCGUGCUGCGCUGCAGCAGCAGCAGCAGGAGCUGCUGCUGCAGCAGGCGCACGAGGCGGAUCUGCAGCAGCAGAGCCAGAAGCAGCAGCAGCAGCAGCAGCAACUGCUGCAGCUGCUAGAAAGGCAUCCAUAUGAUAUAAACAGCAGCAGAUGCUCAUUACCGCCUUUGCCUUCGUUUUCUGUUUGGCUGCACCCGCUGCUGCAGCGAGAAGAAGACAGCAAUGGGUCUUCAAGCGGCGGGGGUUUGCAGGGUUUGCUGCAGCAGCUGGCAGCAGCAGCAGCAGACGUGCGGCUGCUGCUGCAUGCGCAGCAAGCAGCAGGUAGCCGCCUUGAGGAGAUGGGGGCAGUGGGCGCUGCACUCUUCGCUGGGAUCGGGGGUUUUAUUAACGACGAUCGGACGGAGCAGACUCGAGAUCCACUUACGAAAGAAUCUGCAGACGACUGCAGUGGUUUAGGUGGUUGGCCUUGGGAGUGGCAGGAGCGUUUUGUUAUAGAGGAUUCCUCUGUGCCGGCUUUGCUGCGACCUGCAGCGAGGCAGCUGCUGCAAAUUGGGCGCUGCAUUCGGCUGCUGCGCGAUUGCAAACAGCCGUGGCCCGACAUGAGCCGCUACUUUGCCUCGAUGCGGGGAGAUAGCAGCAACUCGUUGUUGCUGCUGCAGCAGGAGCUGUCUUCCGCUGCACUGCCUGCAGCAGCAGAAGCAGCAUCUGCUGCAGUGUAUGCCAUGCUGGCAUCUCCUCUGGUAUUAGGGGACCCAGCAGCAGCAGCAGCAGCAGCAGCAGCAGACCACCCUGCAGCACAGGGCUUCCUUGGCUUCCUAAAAGGUCUUAAGGCCCUCUGUCUUGGAGGGCGUGGAGAUGUAUUUGCUGCAUUCUUAGAGUCGUGCGACCCCACAGCAGAUCCGCUGCAACAGCAACGUGCUGCUGCUGCUGCUGCCGCAACGGCCGGCAGAGGCAUAGAAGCGCAGCAGCAGCAACAACAGCAACACCUGCUGCAGCAAAUGCAUGUUCUAGAGGCCCGGAUGGAUGCAGCAAUACGAAGCGUCACUGAAUACGAAUGGCUGUGCGAUGACUUGUCGCUGUCUCUACACCCCGUCGCGAGUUUGUCAGAGGCCGCGCAGCUGCUGCACCGAGCUGCAGCAAAGCCUCAGCUGUAUGCACAACUCAUUGCUGCUCCCAGGGCCUCUAGCGUGCCUGGGGCCCUCCAUGGUGGCAGUUCAGCAGCAGCUGCUGCAGAUAUCUACCGCCGCCUGUGUCUGAGUCUAAACUGUCGGGGCCCGCUGCGGCUGCUGUUCUCAAGGGAGACAAUUGCAAUAUAUCAGUUGGUGUACAGACAGCUGAUGCAGCUACAUUUGGCUAGCCGGCAGCUAGCGCUUGUCUGGCGCGACCUAAUUAAGACAAAGGGAGGCCGGGGCGCACUUCCGUGCUGCUCUGAAAACGAGGGCCCCAGCGCGGAGUUGCUGCAGCAGCAGCACUUGGAGUGUAUGCGCAGCAUCAGCAGCGGCUGCUUCCUAGAAAGCCCCACAACCCUUCAGAGCCUUAACAAGACGCUUGCGGUUGUGUUGACGUUUGCUGUACAUACACUGAAAUUCUCAUCCUUAGCCAGGCGGCCGCAGCUGCUUGCUGCUGCUGCUGCAGCAGCAGACGGCGCCUCUGCUGCUGCAACUGCGCUGCUGGGGGAGGAAGAAGCAACUGCAGCAGAAGAUGCAGCAGCGGCAGUUGCUGCUGCUGCCGCUGCUGGCGCAAAUGACGGCGCAGAAGGCGUCGUUGCUGAGGCUGUAGCAGCACAGCAGCAGCAGCGGCUGCAGCAGCAAAGACGCAGGGACAGCAGACUCCAGAGCUUCCGCUGUGCUGUUGAGGCCGCAGGCUUUGGGUCAAUGCUCAAAACGGCGCAUGCAGCUUUCGUCUCCAGCCAAAGAGAGUUCGUGGCUCGCCUCUUUCGUCUUGUACAGGGAUCUACAGGUUCUGCUGCUGCCCAUUUGCUGCAGCGGCUGGAGGUUGGCCUUGCAGGGGAGAGACACGUACCUUUAGGUGUCUCCUCACCUCUAAGCGCGACUCCCCGCUAUGAAGUGCACAAAGCUAUUUCUGCUGCUGCUGCACCAGCUGUUGCUGCUGCUUCUGCUGUUGCCCCUGCUGCUGCUGAGGAAAAUGUCACGAGGCUGAGGGCCGCCGCUCCUGGCGGAGGGCUCAGCCCCCGCUUCGUGCAGGCCUCUGCAGCAGCACAAACAGCAGCAGCAGCAGCGCCAGCAGCAGCAGCAGCCGCAGCAGCAGCACCGACAUCGCUACCAACCCCACGUACGGAAAGGCUAGUGGGUAGCCCAGCGCUCCUCUCCACACUGCACCAGCAGCAGCAGCAGGAGCUGCAGCCGCAGAUACACCAGCAGCAACUGCAGCACCAAGCACGGCAGCAGCAGCACCAGCAGCAAACACCACUUCCUAGCGCCUCGUCUGCUAUGCAGCAGCUUCUCCAGAUAAGGCAGCAAAAGCUACAGCAUGAACAGCCCCAGCAACAACAGGAGCAGCAACAGCAGCUGCUGCAGCACCGAUUUCCGCGGGCCCCGAGGGCGUUAGGUUCCGUAGGGCCCCCAACGUUGCAGCGAACGACAGCUGCACCUGCUGCUGCUGCUGCGCCUCCGCAUGCAAUUACUUCCGGUCUACGCAGCAGCAGCAACAGCAGCAGCAGCAGCAGCAGGGCACCCUGGCCCACUCCACCGAGGGCAGGAACUAGUGCAGCACAGACGGCAGCAGCAGCAGCCGGUUCUCGCAGCAGAAGCGCAGUACCAACUACAGCAGCAAACAGAGGCAGCAGCAGCAGCACCACCACCAGCAUAAGAUAUAAUCUCGGGCAGCAGCAGCAGCAGCAGAAGCAGCGGAAUCAGCGUGAGGCUGCUCCUAUCAGCUACGCCAGCAGCAGAAAUCCCGUGUCACGCAGCAGCAGCAACAACAGCUUUGUCAGUGGCUCGGAUACUGAAGAAGACGCCCCCAACAGACCAGCAGCAGCACCACCACCACCACCAAGGACAGCAGCUGCUGCUGCUGAUACAGGAACUGACGCAGCUACGGAGGAGGCCUGGAGCGACGCACCUACAGAGCCGAGCGACUUAGAAGCAGAGGCUCCAACGCACCUCCAGCAGCAGGAGCAACAGCAUUCGCUGCAGCAGCAGCAGCUGCUGCAGCAGCGGCGGCAGCAGCUGCCUCCCUUGCAGCCAACGCCGCUGGCCCAAGCCCAGGCGAUGCUUAGGCGCCUGCGGAACCAGUAG